UAUAGUUUGAGGUUAUUUUAUAAACAACAAUAACAAAUCAUUUUUACCGGUUAAGAGUUUUUAAGUAUAAUCUUGUAAAAUGUCUAGUAAACCUAAUUCUAAGCGUACAAUCUAUGUCGGUGGGCUAGCAGAGGAGGUAGACGAGAAGGUAUUAAACGCAGCAUUCGUUCCCUUUGGGGAUUUGGUUGAUGUACAAAUUCCAUUGGAUUAUGAGACUGAAAAGCAUAGAGGCUUCGCUUUUAUUGAGUUCGAAAAUGCUGAAGAUGCUGCCGCGGCUAUAGACAAUAUGAAUGAUUCGGAACUUUUUGGACGAACUAUAAGAGUAAACAUAGCUGCUCCACAGCGGAUCAAAGAAGGUUCAACCAGACCUGUAUGGUCUGAGGACACUUGGCUUCAGAAACAUGCUGGUGAAACACUGACAGUAUCCAAAGAUAUGGAUGAUAAAGAUAAAGAUAAAGAAAACAAAGAAGAGACUACUAACUCUACCACUACCACAGCUACUACGACUACUGCUAAUAAGGAAACUACAGAAAAUAUCAGUUGUGAAUGUCACCAGGGACCAGCAAAACCUGCAGAGAAACGGAAUCCGCAAGUUUACUUUGAUGUGAGCGUGGGCAAGCAGUCUCUUGGCCGUAUCAUCAUGAUGCUAAGGGCAGAUGUAGUACCCAAGACUGCGGAAAACUUUAGAUCACUCUGCACACAUGAAAAGGGAUUUGGGUACCAGGGCAGCUGCUUUCACAGGAUAAUCCCAGAAUUUAUGUGUCAAGGCGGAGACUUUACUAAUCACAACGGUACUGGCGGCAAGUCGAUAUACGGACGUAAAUUCGAAGAUGAAAACUUUACAUUACGUCACACUGGCCCUGGGAUACUCAGUAUGGCGAACUCUGGCCCUAACACAAAUGGAUCGCAGUUCUUUUUGUGUACAGCCAAGACAGAAUGGCUGGACGGCAAGCACGUGGUGUUCGGUCACGUGAUCUCCGGGAUGGACGUCGUCAAGAAGAUAGAGAAAUACGGCAGUAAGGGCGGCGCUGUCUCCGCCAAGGUCGUCAUCAGUAACUGUGGGGAAUUACAAUGAUUUGAUAUAG